AUGAGUGCUCUCGCCAACGUUCCUCAGGAGGUGCUCGAGCACAUCGCCUACUUCGCCGCCACCGAUACAUUUCUCGGCCCCCCUGAUGGUCUCAUCCCUCUGCUCUCCGUUGACCGCCGUACACAUGGAGCGCUCUCCAUCUCGUCCAACCCCUACCUCUGGUCUCGCAUCUUCGCAUCGAAGUUCGAUCUCACUCCUCCCACCCGUCGCCUCCGUUCCCUUGGCCGCACACUAUCCACGCUCGAUAUCUGCGAAGAGCUCAAGCUACGCUGCUCGCUCCUCAAGGUCAUCCGCCGCCGAACCGAUGCCCGCGCGACGUCCUACGCGCUCAGCCCGACGCACCGCGACGGCCUCCGCUCCGUGCUUUGGACGGCGUACCUGAUGAUGCUCGAGAACGAAGGCCGGAACGAGCGCCAGCUCCGGGAGUACGCCGGCUUCGACGUCUGGCUCAAGGAGUUCCUCUUCCACGCCUCGGGCGCGAGCCUCGCCGUCUGGUCCGUCAAGGCGGACCUUUGGCCCCCGAACAAUGAGCGCGCGGCGCUCGCGCUGUGGCUUUUUUGGUACAUGCUCAAGCCAGAGGAGUACACGAGGAGUGACUCGUCCACCUUUCUUGAAGCAACCAACAUACUCAAGCUCUAUGCUCUCGGUGCUCACCAGUAUGCGCUCUCCACUCCCCCAUGGAAUGAAUUUACGCCCCCAUGUCGGACUCGCGGCGCGUCCGCGAUCAAGCAUUUCGGCGUGUCGCUCAAGAUGUCGCCGCCGGCACCCGCCUCGCCUGCGAUACUCGCUUACCUCACCCUCGCCCACAAACUAUCCGCCACCUACGACACCAUGCGAUACCACAAGCCGCCAUCAACGACGCCUCCCGGGCUCGCCGCCGCGCCGUCGAGCGUGGAGUGGGACGCGGAGUGGGCCCGCGGUCUGCACAUCGCGGACACCUCCAAGCCGCUCGGCGCCCUCUUCUCGGGUGCAUUCAUCCCGGGGAGCCUCGAAGGCGUUUGGGAGGGCAUGUUUACGUACACUGAGUUUACAGCCUACUCCGCGCUGCUCUCCGGCGCGGCGCCGACUGUCCUGCAGCGCAGCGCGAUCGCACACCACCCGCACCUGUGGCGGCUGCGCGAGCACCACCUCUAUGCGCCCGCGCCGGACGAUGGUGUGGACGACGACGGUGGCGGCGCGACGGUGGUCUCACCUGGCCCGGAGGUGUGGCCGGUCGCGCCCGGGAACCCGCUGCGUGCGCACAUUCCGCACGAGUGCCAGAUGGCGGAGACGUCGGACGGCCUGCUUAUCAGGGAGCAGGGGCUCGCGGAGUCGGUGUUGUACCACAGCUGGGCAAGCGUGCAGAAGGCGAAGGAGCAGGACAGGCCCCGCGGGCGACUCGUCGACAUCUUCGUCACGGGCGAGGGCCACUCGGCCUGGGGCCAGUUCAACCUCGUCGGGCGCAUCCGACCGUGCGACGGCUUCAUCAGCCUCUCCAAGGAAUACGUCGACGGCGACCGCGGUCAAUGGCUUUACCGCGGCUACAUGGUCGGGAACGCUGAGGGCAGCCUCUCGGGACGCUGGCGCGAUACGCUCAGCCCGCCCGAAAUGCCGGGCUACGAGGGCUGCUUUGUGAUGAGCCGCCGCAAGUGA